AUGUCGACGAAUUCCUCUGAGCGCACGGAAACCACCACCGCCUCCGCCGCUCACACCACCACAAUUACCCUUACCUCCGCUCAUCACUUUGUGUCGAUGAAGCUAACUAACCGAAAUUUCCUGUUCUGGCGUGCUCAACUUCUACCGUUUCUCCGCGGGCAAGGGUUGCUAGGAUACAUUGAUGGCACCCUACCCUGUCCGCCGGCCACCAUCACCGUCACGCAGCAGACUGGGGAGUCGGGCGCCACCACCUCCGGUCCUUCUGUUGUCACCAACCUAGAGUACGAGAGGUGGUUGCAGCAAGACGCUUCCAUUCUUUUACUCCUUAUCUCGUCGUUGGCUGACGAGGUAAUGCCUCAUGCCCUUGGCCGGAACACCGCCCGGGAGGUCUGGGAGUCACUCACGGCGGCGCUGGCAUCAUCUUUGAAAGCUCGAUGUUUGAACCUGCUCGGCCAAAUUCAAACACUACGGCAAGGAAGCAGCACCCCGGCGGAAUACCUAGGGAAGGCGAGGGUGAUCGUGGAUGCAUUGUCGCUCGCCGGCCGGGCGCUAUCACUUGACGAGCAAACGCUGUACGUCCUGCGGGGUCUCCGGCUGGAAUUCCGAGCAAUGGCAAGCGCCCUCACUAUCACAGGUACUCCCGUCUCCCUUUCUCAAUUAUCCGAUCUACUGCAGGCUCAAGAUUUCAUCCAGGCAGAUGAGUUCUCCGCUUCGGAUCAUCAUGCGGCAGUCGGAGCACCAACGACUUUCUACGCCGAGCGUGGCAGUUCGAAUAGCGAACGAUCAGGCUAUGGUGGUUGCCAGUCCACGAACAAUGGCAACCAGUCCAAGCCCCAAAGUGAAACCCAGGAUUUUUCUACCACGCCACUUUUAGUCAUACUACAGGGACGCAUCACAUCAUAA